CUUUGGGUUAUGUGAACAUGAUACUUAAUUCUACUUAACUGAGGCCCGACGUACACAUACAAGGGUCCCUACACUGCCGUCUAGUGGUGUCAGUAGAGAACAACACAAUACCAGUAAAAUUCAGCAUGGCAGCAAGCACAAGGGAAAGUUCAAGUGGCCACUCCAAACCUAAACAUCGACAAGGAUGUACUGGUCCAAAGCCUUGAGAUUCCCUGCCAUCACUGACAGAUUCACGCGUGACAGAUUCUUCAGACUGAGGGGAUCACUAAAAGUGCUCAUUGAUGAUGACGUUCCACAAGACCUGAGGAAGAGUGACAAGUUUUGGAAGGUGAGGCCUUUUCUGGAUCGUAUUCUGCAAGGCUGCAAGUCUCAGACUCGACCUGAAUGCGUAUGCAUUGAUGAGCAGAUGAUCCCUUUCACAGGAGCCUGUCCGUGUCGACAGUAUCUGCCAAUGAAGCCAAACCCAGUUGGCAUAAAGAACUUUGUUUGUGCUACAGCAGAUGGUAUUGUGCUGGACUUUGACGUGUAUCAAGGUGCAGAUGCACUGCUUGAGCAGGUCGAAGAACCAGAGGGUCUUGGGUUGGGAAGCUUGGUCAUCGAUCGUCUGUGUCAAACUCUGCAUCGUGGCACAAAGGUGUAUUGUGACCGGUUCUUCACAACCAUCCAAGGUACAGAGCGAAUGAUGAAGAAGGAGCUGUACAUGACUGGUACAGUCAUGAAGAGCCGGGUCGCUGCAGCAGUGCAGAAGUUACCUACUGACAAAACCAUGAAAAUGGCCGGAAGAGGUACCUCAGCAGAAGUUACCACUGAGGAUGGAAAGAUGUGCAUUGUGAAGUGGUACGACAAUAAACCAGUACUGAUGAUGUCUGUUGUUCAUGGUACACAGCCUGAAGACACCUGCCAGCGAUGGGACAAGAAACUGAAACAAUAUGUGACCGUCUCACGACCAAGUAUCGUCCGUGAAUACAACUUCAAGAUGGGUGGAGUCGACUUGGUGGACAGAAUGAUUAGUUACUAUCGCAUGAGCGUCCGUACUAAGAAGUGGACAAUGCGGAUGCUAAUGCACUUCACGGAUCUGGCUUUAGCCAACAGCUGGCUACUCUACCGCAAAGACCUUGCUGUUUGUGGUACACCAAAGAAGAGCAUCAUGCAGUUCCUGGAGUUCCGCACAGAAGUGGCGCAGAUCUUCUUGGCCCAGCAUGACAGUCAAGAAGAUGACACAGACCUUUUGGAACUGGCAGAUGACGAAGACCUUCCGAUACAAGGGGGAAAGCGUCCAGUGAUGGCAGUGCCCCAUGUCUCAGUCCGCAGGAGGGCUAAUGCACAUCUCCCAGAGAUGGUCAGCCUGAAGAACGCAGCGCGCUGCAGAGCAGCAGGCUGCACUGGGAGAUCUCGAGUGCGUUGUGUGACCUGCAAGGUGUUCUUGUGCUUGCAAGCCGAUCGCAACUGUUACACAGCAUUUCACACAUAGGUGUGUACAUGUUUGUACAGUAAAAGAGGGCAUUCCUUGU